AUGCACUACAUCCGCAGCCGAGGGACAAUCCACCGGGACCUGGCCGCCCGGAACGUGCUCGACGAUGAACAUGGCUGCUACAAGGUCGCCGACUUCGGCCUCUCCAGGAGCACUAUGGACUCCGAGACGGACGUGUACCACCAGUACACGUACCACCAGUGCGGUGGAUGGCUCCGGAGUGCUUCUACCUUCAUUUAUUCAUUCCCCUUCAAGUCCGACGCCUGGGCGUUCGGAAUGCUGCUGUGGGACAUCGUCACUUUGGGCUCGACGCCCUACCCCGGCCCGGGCGCUCAGGAGGUGACCCGCCACGUGCGCGGCGGUCACGGGAUGACGCAACCGAUUGACUGCAGCUGGGAGCUGUACCGCUGGUGA